UCGCAAAUGCACUAUGUUGGAUUUUUCAUGGCGCGGCUCAUUUAUAUAAGGAGUCCUGCAAUAAAUUUCCGCGUUGUCCCGUCUUUAUGCAACAUUCUCUCUGUUGAAGUAAACAUCUUUUAUGUGUCACAAAUAAAUAAUUACUCUGUGGCCAUUCUAAUAGAAACUGCAACGCUAUGACUGAUUUUAUCUUACUAUUUUAUUUCCUGGUCAAGCUAACUAUCAAUAACUUUGUGUGAAUAAUAUUUUAUUAAUUUUAAACAAUACCUUUAAUCAUUCAUGGAUACAGCUAUUUUCAAAUAAAAAUGAAACAUUUUGUGUACUUGCAUCGUUUUUGGAUAAGUCACAACAUAUGAAUCACUACGUGGAUAAAAGGAAAGGAAGGAAGAAACAGCAAUUGUGAAAGAAACGAUAUUUUCAGUUUUAGCUCAAUUGUUUAUGCUAGCGUUGGCUGUUUCAGAACCAAUAAUAAAUGUGUAGAUGGACAAUGCGGCGGAGGAUAGUGUGCCAUUGCUUCUACAAAAACAGAACGAAAUUUUCUUGCAUCUUCUACCGGUUAUUAUUAAUAUGGUGAUAUUAGGUGUCGUUGGAAUAAUUGGCAACACGCUGGCGAUUAUCUUCUACAUAAAGAGGUCAAAACUUACUUCCACGGUGGCGUUGAUCAUAUACCUUGCAGUAGUGGACCUCAUGGUGUGUGUGUUGAUAAUUCCAAGCAUUUUGGAAAUGUCAGUAAAUCUGACGUAUUUCCAGAGUUUCCUGUGCAAAUUGUCUCAUUUUUUCGCGCGUUGGACUAUAGCUAUCUCUUGUAUGAUUAUAUGGAUAAUUUCUAUCGACAGAUACCAGAAAAUAUGCAAUCCAUUAGGUAAACAGAUAACAAUUGUUAUAGUUAAACGUGCCAUGUAUGUGAUAGCUAUAUUCACAUUUUUAUUUUCAGUGAAGAAUUUCUUUACGUUUGAUAAUAUCCAACUGAAUGUAAGCAAUACAGACAAUAAUGAAACUGCUGUUGGACGUUUUUGUACGGUACGCAAAGACGAAAAAUAUAGAUUGACUGUCUCGGUUUUCUAUGGUAUAGACACGGUGUUGACUUUAGUAGUUUUUCUUACCUUAUUAUUUACCUACUCGAACGUAAUUUUCACGCUCAUUAAACUAAGACAAAAAAGAAAACAGAAGUUGAAAAAGAUACCCUGUAAUGAGAAAUCUCAGAAUUAUAAUUUGGUGAAAAUGAAAGCGUUGCAGCUUCCAGUGGGUGCAGAAUACAAUAUCUUUGGGAGCACUGACUCGAGUACAUUAGACAUAUCCGGCAUAUUUCAGAGUACUUUGGAUAUACCCGGUAUGACUCGUAAUGCCACAGAGGUGUCUUUACACAACUACCCACACUGCCGAGACGUUGAACAGACUAAAUAUCCUGCAGUUGAUAUGAAGACUAACAAUGGCAAGAUAAAUGACGGUGCUGUUUACUUCAGUAAACUUCCGUGGCAGAUUGAAAAUAACACCCAAAAGAAACAUUGUAAAAAGUUCUCCAAGUUAAGAGUAUCACCAGAACGCAGUUUAACGAUCAUGAUGCUGGCUGUCUCGCUAGUUUAUGUUCUUUGUUUCUCGCCUUAUUUUGCUGUAAGAAUCGCCUUGCGGAAUACAGCCGACAACAGCGACGAAUUUGAGCUUAGUGCCGGGGUUCAAUUCGUUUUACGGCUAGUGUACGUAAACAGUGUCUUUAAUCCAAUAAUAUACUGCAUUUUCAAUCCAAAGUUUAGAAGAUAUAUUAAAAGAAUAUUCAGCUGUUAAUUGGAUGUUUCCACAAUAAUGCGUGAUCGCGUUUUGUUCGUUAGCUACCAAAUGGUAUCUUCGUUGUAAAAAUUGUACAUAUCUUUUUACCAGUUCAAACUAUCUCGUGCUAAUUCAUGAACACAUCGACCAUACGAAAAAGACACAUUCAAAGGAACGCAGCCACAUAUACAGCACCCCGCUUGGAAUA